CAGACUGCAACGCAAGAGGGCUGAAGAGCGGAAAAGGCAACAGAAGCAGGUGAAGGCUGAGGGAAGUUCAUUUUGCAGACCAUGCUAACCUACCAAAAGGAACAUGGUGUGGGUGAGAAAAGAGAAAAAGGAGACUAUAACCCAGACUUUAUUGGAGGGGUAUGACCAAUCUCCAACUUCUCCAAAGGUGGCAUUUGUCAUUGUGAGUCCAAACGGAGUCUUGAAAGCAACUUUUGAAGCACAAGAACAGUUGGGAAUCUUGGAGGUGAAUCAAAAGAAGAUGACACUAUUCAUUUUGGGGAAUUUUCAGUGAAUGUGUCAUGUCUGAUGCUGACAUUACCCUUGGUUUCCAAGCCAAGAAGGAGGAGGAACCAAUCGUCUGUGAGUUCCCAAAACAGACAAAAGAAGAGGCAAUCAUUGUUCUAGCCCACGAUGAUGAAGAGGAGGAUAUGGCUGACAAAAUAGUGUUUGAAAAACCAGAAGAAAAGAUGGCCAGACACAUUAGGCCACUUUAUAUCAAUGCUCACAUGGAUGGGACUCCAAUCAAUCGUGUCUUGGUGGAUAAUGGAGCUGCAGUCAAUGUCCUUCCAACUUGCAUGCUCUACAAAAUAGGCAAGUCUCUUGAUGAUUUAGUGCAUAAUGAGGUUACAAUUAGUGAUUUUACAGGAGGGGUGAAUCGUUUAAGAGGUGUGCUGCCUGUUGAAUUAACAGUAGGGAAUAGGACACUGAUGUUUGCGUUUUUUGUGGUUGACACUGUUACUACUUACAAUGCACUUUUGGGGCGUGAUUGGAUUCAUUCAAGUGGGUGUGUCCCUUCUACACUUCACCAGAAGCGGAUUUUCUGGAAUGGUGGUAAGGCUGAGGUCGUGUAUGCAGAUGAUAAGCCUUUUUCAACCAAUACUCACUUGGUGGAGGCUAGAUAUUAUGAAGAAGACAUUGGCACCAUUCGGUUUUUUGGGAUGAAUAGACAUGGGAAACCGAUUGGGAUAACAGCAUGCAGUAGACCAUCAUUGUCUAAGCGUGUCGUAGAGGAAGUCUGUGAUGAACUUCUUCGACCAACAACAAUAAUUCCUUAUGGGUCGAAGGGGAAACUAAAAAUUGAAGAAAUCUAAUGAAGCAAGCACGUUUGAGACAGGAAAGAGAAAAGACUGUGUUGGAGAUAACAAAGAAAUUAGCGGUUUAUUUUGUUGAAAAAGUAGUUCAAGUGGACAAAUCUGAAAUUGUUCAUGAAAGGGAGGAGACAGACCAAGGUGAUCAAAUAACUUUGGAAGAGCUGGAUCUUGCCCCAGCCAAGUUGGAUGAUCUAAAAGCUGAAAUUCAAGACCCAUUAGAGGAGAUCAAUCUAGGGUCUGAAAGUGAGCCAAAGAAAUGCCAGGUCUAGAUUGAAAAUUGGUGGAACAUAAACUGCCAAUUACAGAAGGAUUCAAACCAUAUAAACACCUAUACAUUAUUUUUCAUUAUUGCAUCAAUUUCAAUUGAUGUCUCAUUGGUAACAGACAACAUUAUUAUUGCAUUUGGCUGCAUCAGUUUCAAACCUUAUCUAAAAACACUGUUCCUCAAAAAAUCUUAUUUAAUAAUAGACAAUUUUAUUA